AUGACCGAGGUUUGGAAAUCGAUUGGCAAGCAUUUUUGCGAGAUAUGUAAGGUAUGGAUGACCGACAACAAAGCGUCAAGGGACUUUCAUGAGAGAGGAUUGAAACAUCAGGCAAUGAUCCAACAGAGGAUAGGUGAAUCCCAGAAGAAGGCACGAGACAGGGAUAAAGAGUUGAUGCAACACAGCUCGAUCAUCGCCCAAAUGGAAGCAGCUGCUGUGGCGCAAGCGGUGAAAUACGGAGAAGAUCUUUACCAUGGCCCUUCGCUUCCUUCUAGUUCUGUAUCGAACAUAUUUGAUCCUCGACAACAUCGUGGUGUUGCUGCAAUGGCCUCCGAGAUCUCGAGAAGAGGGCGCGGAGAUGAGCCCGUUGUGGAUACAUCACAAUUUGCUUUGCCACCUGAUUAUUCGGCUGGGAGUAGUAGUGGCUCCGUUGGGAAAAAAGGCCCGCCUGUUCCCAAGCCUCGAUCAGCGCCCGGUCAGGAAACGUUUGCCGAAAUAUCCGGUGGACCAGUUCGUCAACUUCCAUCUACGUUAACUGGACAAGAUGAAGAAAUUGUAUGGGUGCAAGCCUAUAUGCCUAAAGGAAAAUCAUAUUAUUGGAAUAUCUACACAAAGGAAAAGCGAACUAAAUGUCCUGGGAGCUUUUUGACACCUGAAGAAUAUUUCAAAAGACAACAACUGCUGGAAAUGGCUGGUCUCCCUACAACAGGAGUUGGAUUGGCACCUGGGCAUAUGAAUCGAGCUGCCAAGCGAGCUGCAGCAAAAUCCCAUCCGGACCAACCUAUUAGGCCGAAAAAACAGCCCUAUGUGGAUCGUCAACAAAUUAAGAUUGAACAAGAUGGUGAUGGUGAGAACGAUACUGAAAUCCCACUUCCUGGAGGAUUUAAAGAAGUUAAGGAAGAAAUUGAUGGGGGAACGGACGCCGAAGAUGCAGGCCAAAUUGAGACGGCAAUUGAAGAAGAUUCAGCUGCCCCAAAACCAAGCGCGUUUGGUGCAUGGGUACGUGUCGGAAAACAAGAGAAGAAAGAAACAUUCUUAUCCCCGUUGACCGCGAAAUAUCGAGAACUUGAAGAAAAAGAGGAAGAAAUUCGAAAAGAAAUUGCCGAAAAGGAGCCUAUUAUUGUGCUUGAGGCAAGAAAAGACGGCGGAGGUAUCGACGAAGAAAUCCACAAAGGUCAUCACAUU